CAGAUAUUUAACCUGGAGCCGGAGGCUCGGCAUCAGUGCGGCUGCAACAGGAGGCAAGGGGUAGAGACAGGACGCCCCCCCAGGAUCAACACCGGGAUCAUCCCAGGAUCAACCUGGCAUCAGCACCGGGAUCAAUCCAGGAUCAGCACCGGGAUCAACCCGGCAUCAACACCGAGAUUAAGCCGGGAUCAAUCCCGGAUCAGCAGUGGGAUCAAUCCUGGAUCCUGAGCGGGAUCAGCGUUAACAAUCUCGCUGCCGGUAGAGCUGGGGCCGGGCGAGCCCGUGUGCCCCGGAGUGGAGCCCAGGAAGCGGGCCGCCCUGGGCCGGAGCCGCCGCGCUCUCUCCCGGGCUCCGGGCCGCCUCUCACUCCGGCUCCUGUCAUCCCGUCUAGACAGCUUGUGGCAGUGAGUCCUGGCGUUGCCAUGGCGACAGGCAGCAAGCCGACGUGAAUUUUGGGGUAAAGAAUCUGGAAAAAGCCCGCUUUUCUGGUGCUUUUCGCUUUCCGGAGGUGGAUCGGUGGGAAAAAAAAAGCGAGGAGGGAAAAGAAGGCGAGAGAGUGAAAAGUGAGAGAGUGAGGGAGAGGCUGCGAGAGACAGCAGCUUAAUCCGGCAGCAAAGUUAAACCUCAGCACGUCCUGUACGUGCCCGUCAUUCAAAGCCCAGUGUGUUCUAUUAAAAGUAUCAGUCUGCUCGCUUUGCUGCCUAUUUAUAAACCUCUGGGCUCGCCGAACUGGCCCGUUUAAAACAUGGAGCUGCCACAGUAUAUGCUAAGCUGCUUCUGCAUGCUGCUACUGCAGCACGGACUCUGCCAGCCUUAUCUGCACCUCCGGCCCGUCCCCAGUGACAGUUUGCCCGUGGUGGACAUUAUCGAACACCCGGACCCAGACAACGAUCCCAAGGACAACGAUCUGGACGAACGGGCUUUAAGGAAGAAGCUCGGCAGUCACUUCGAUCCCAACUUCAUGUCCAUCACCCUGCCCCAACUGGACGACUCUCCGUCCCGGGACCCGAACUCCAGGUUCAAACCUCUGGGCGCCAUGCCCAACGACAUCAAGAGGUUGGAUUUGUCCGAGACCCCUUAUGGGAGGAAAAUGAAGUUGGGUAAAAAGGCCAGAAGGAAGUUCCAGCAAUGGCUUUGGUCCUACACAUACUGUCCGGUGAUGUACACAUGGAAGGACCUCGGAGGCCGCUUCUGGCCUCGGUUUGUUAAAGAAGGCAACUGUUACAACGAGAGGUCCUGUUCAUUCCCCGAAGGGAUGCUGUGUAAACCUGUCAAAUCCAUUAGCAAGACUUUCUUAAGGUGGUAUUGCCAAGGAUGGUCAAAACCCAAGUACUGCACGUGGAUACCUGUCCAAUACCCAGUCAUUUCCGAGUGCAAGUGUUCCUGUUAAAGGGAGAAAUGUUCUCAUGCAGACUGGGUGAAUCCUAUAUACAGAUGGUCUAUAGUAUAACAGCGCCCUAUAGUGAAAUCUAUUUUUAUAUAUCGCAUUCUAAAGAAGCGCCAGCUUUGUAUCUAUAUAACACAAUGAGAUUUAAAGUUGCAGAAAAUCAUG